ACACCGGAAAUGAAACUGGCACCCGCCCCGACGCUCCGAGAAAGUGGUUGAACGGCGUUUGCUUCAAACAAACGGUGAAAGUCUCAUUCGAGCCGAGCUGGCGGCCGCCCGGCGGCCGGCGCCUUUACCCGAGUUGUGUGAGGGGAGCGGCGCCCGGAAGUCGAGGUGAACAUGGAACAAACAUGAUUGCCAGCAACUUGAGAUUCUGCUGCAAUGGAGAGAAAAGAUCACUAUGGUAGGCGAGGUGAUUUGCAGUGGUCAGAAAGAGACAAAACCCGCUGGUAUGAGGAGGAGGAGCAGCAAGUUGCAUCCCAAUUGCCCCAUCACAGCCGUUGUCAGUUUGCCCAGAUAAAUCGGCCAGUUGUCGAUUCUCCUCAUGAUGAUGAAACGAAUACUUUUCCAAAUUAUCCCUGUCGCACACGACAUGACAACGCUGACUCGAGUCAGUAUAUUUCGGAACGUGUCUGCACCUCGCGUGGUAAUCGGACCUGGCCAAGAACAAGUCAACAACCUGCGAGAAAAACUGAUCCAGGGAACAGUUCGCCCUUGUCGGAUUGGCCUCUUGGUGACAUGAAGUGCUUUGAUCACAAAGAACCAUAUUUAGAUCAACUUUUAGAUGAAGAGCUGAAGACGUUGGAUAUGGAAGGGCUGAGCUACCCCUGUGGACAGCUGGAUUUUACAGGGAAACUGCCAUCUCUCUAUUGUUCUGGCAUGUCAUGUGAUGGGUGUAACCUUCAAAACCGAGAGAAAGAGUUGGCCAGUAGUGAUAAGCCAUACGCUCUUUCUGAUGCAAUAACCAAUCGUGAAGGUAUGACUGAGAAGGAUUCACAAGAGAAUGGGUGCCUGUCGUCCAUUCCUCAGCUGGAAAGCUCUGUGAGUACUCGCAUGUUUUUGGAAAGGUGCUUUGAACCUGGCAGCUAUGGAGACCACAGCUUCCCUUUCAGGACGGAUGACAAUCUGUCAUUUCUUGACAACUUAGAUUGCAUACGUUCUGCCAAUGCUUCACAAGAAGAUGGAGUGGACAAAUGUGAUGAAUUCAUUGAACAUGAAGGAAAGGCCGAAAGCCAUGUGAAGGUGACAGAAGAUGUCAGACAUCCUGUGAAAAUGACCCACAGAAAAAGCAGCAAGCGACAAAGAAACAAAUCGGUGACAAAAGAUAACUCUUCAAACAUCUACGAUAAGGAAGAUGUGAGGGAGCACACGAAGAAAAAUAGCAAGUCUUCAGCAAAUAAACAACGGCACUCAAAGGCUGAGAGGAAGCGACAGCACGCUGAAAACAGGGAUAGGUUAAAGAUUGGAGUGCAGAAACAAACCGAGGAAUUGCUUUGGAGAUGUGUAACCUAUGUCAAAGUUAUAAUGGAUGUCAUUCUUUUUGUGACCCACAAGUGUGGAGAGUACGUGGAGACAGGGGGCAAACUUGUGUAUUCAUGUUGCCAGAUACAAAAAGAGGAUUUUAUUUCCUUCAAGGGCAGUGCAAGGACCUCAAGCGUGUGGCUUUUUAAGCAGGCAAAGUUGGGGUCAGAGAAGCUUAGGCGGUUUUGCCUUUCCUUGAUGAAGAUGACUCUAAAGUUUUUAAAAAUGCUGCUUGCUCUGCUUUUUCUAGUACUAAUGUUAUUUAUAGGAUGCUUACGACUUGGCUACAAAUAUGCAAAGUCUGGUGUUUUCAUGAUUUUUCAGAGGUUACCCAUCUGGGGCCAGGAAAACUUUCCCCAUUUGGUAGCUGUUUAUUUUCUGCACUGCUUGUGCUCGUCUAUAGAAGAAUCUAGAACUUGGAAUUAUUUGAAAAGACUGUGGGAAAAAUUGAAAAUGAGAUUCUGGCUAACUGCUAAAUGGCGGACUGCAGGCCAGUCUCCCUCUUCACCUCCAUCGCCCCAGUCACCUGGUGGUAAUAGGUACCAGCCAGAUCAGGAGGUUGACCGGCUGUUGGCAAUGGCUGAUGUACCAGAGGAGGAGCUCGAUCCUUUUAAAGUUCUGGGCGUGGAGGUAAUGGCCACUGAUGCUGAGCUGAAAAAGGCUUAUCGGCAGUUGGCCGUGCUGGUUCACCCUGAUAAAAACCGACACCCACGAUCGGAGGAAGCUUUUAAGGUGGUGCGAGCAGCGUGGGAUAUUGUGAGCAAUCCUGAAAGGAGGAAGGAAUAUGAAAUCAAACGGGCUGCAGAGAGUGAGUUACAUCGAUCCAUGAAUGAGUUUCUCACCAAACUCCAGGAUGACCUGAAGGAGGCCAUGAACACUAUGAUGUGCAGUAAAUGUGAAGGAAAACACAAGAGGUUUGAAAUGGAUCGUGACCCUCAGGCAGCUCGAUACUGUGCUGAGUGUAACAAGAGACACCCUGUAGAGGAUGGAGAUUUCUGGGCAGAAUCAAGCAUGCUAGGAUUGAAAAUCACUUACUUCGCCAUGAUGGAUGGCAAAGUCUAUGAUAUCACAGAAUGGGCUGGGUGUCAGAGGGUAGGAAUAUCUCCUGAUAUACAUCUUGUACCUUGCCAUAUAUCUUUUGCUACAAGAACUUCGGGAAGCAGUGGUCGGCAUAGAGCCGGCUUGGAGAAUGGCCCAGCUUCUCCUGCCGACCUCCAAGAAUUUUUCAGCAAGAUUUUCCAGGGAGCUGCGCCGCAGGCUAACGGGAGCUUCUUCAACCCAUCACAAAUGGGGCACAACAGUCAGGCGAAAGGAGAGCCCACACAGAGAACGGACGCAAAACAAAAGAGAAGGAAGAAGGUGCGACGGACAUUCCCGCGCUGAGCCUUAAAAGUGCUAAAACAAACCUCAGCGAUCACCUCAGUAGGCUAGAUAGUAGCCUGACUGAGAAGGUCAAACCCUGAUUCUAGAUUAGAACAAGGACAAAUAAAAGUCCUCUUUUAUUGAAUUGAAUGAAUAGACUUUAACUGUACCUUGUUUUUAACAUUUUAAUUUGGAUGUACAGUAGCAACUAAGGUGAUCUUAAGAGGGCUUUACUUUAUAAUCUGUUAGGUAAAGACAAAUUAAUUUCUGGUUUCAACAGGUAGAAUGAAAAAUUAGCCAGUAGGUGACUUUUUUAAAUGCUUUAUUAUUUUUCCAUGCUCGGCUACCUCCUCCUGAAAUGUUCCUUUUCUCGGCUCUUCCUUUCCCCAAGGUCAUACAUCUUCCUGACCGUUUUUAAUGGGGAAAAGUUUGCAAUGCAAAAGGAACAGACUAAACAUUGUGCUUGGCUGAUGGCCUGAUUUCCACCGUAUGAUAGGUAUUUUCUUUUUAAAAGAAAGCACUUUUUUAAAAAAAAAGAAACCAGAAAAUAAUUUGAGUUAAGGGUGUAAAAUUGGCACACUUAUUGUGAUUUAGGAAAUGGAAUACAAUUUCUUUUUGUAACUUUAAAAAAAUUAAAUAUUUAUUGGAAAAUUUACUGUGCUGCAGAAAUCCUACACAAAUCUUAUAAACAAAAUAUGAACCUUUUGAUAACUACCAUAAAUAGAAAAACUGA